AUGGAGAAGAAUUUACUUCUAUUGUUCGACCGCCCUAGCGAGCCUGUAUUCGUACCAAAAGGCGAAAACAAAGUUGGUUUUGAAGUACCGGCGAGCUAUUUGAAAGAAGAAUACCAGCCAAUCGCACAGAGAAUUCUAACACGAUUUGGCGAGGAAGCUAAUACAACUAUUCCUAUCAAACAAAUUGCCAUUCCAGAUUUAAAAAUACCUUUGUCCGUUGGACGCUAUGAAGCUUUCUCUCUGUUCAUCCCUCGUCAUCAGAAAAGUGCUGCUUAUUUAACCGAACUUUUCUUAGGAAUGAGAACUGUUGAAGAUUUAAUAUCUUUGGCUGCAUACUGCCGCGAUCGCAUUAAUCCCGAGAUGUUUACGUACUCAUUGUCCGUUGCGAUUCUCCAUCGCUCGGACACUAAACAUUUACCGAUCCCGCACCUUUCCGAAAUCUUCCCUUCCAAGUACUUGGAUAGUGGAAUAUUCAAUCGUGCUAAGGAGGCUGCCAAUGUCGCACCUGUUGGAACAAGGCUGCCGAUUGAAAUUCCUCUGACCUGGACUGGGUCGAAUUCCAACCCGGAACAACGAGUCGCGUACUUCCGCGAAGAUGUUGGCAUUAAUUUACAUCAUUGGCACUGGCAUUUGGUAUAUCCUGCUUCCGGUCCUCCCGAGACAGUCGCCAAAAAUCGUCGCGGUGAACUGUUUUACUACAUGCACCACCAAGCCAUGGCAAGAUAUAACACCGAGCGCAUCUGCAACGGAUUGGCCCGAGUUCAACCACUAACGAAUUUCCGAGAGACAAUCUCCGACGGCUACUUUCCGAAAUUGGAGGAAACCGUAUCUGGUCGUGCAUGGCCCAGCAGACCAGCUAACAUGAACCUUAGUGACAUCAAUCGGCCGAGUGACGAUAUUAACUUUACCGUCGAUCAUCUCGAGACAUGGAGGGAUCGUAUACUAGAGGCAAUUAGAAAUCGUGCUGCCCAAAGUUCAUCUGGUGGCUUAAUCGCACUUGAUGAGGAGACCGGAAUUGACAUUCUCGGAAAUAUGGUUGAAGCCAGUAUUCUUAGCCCUAAUUCCGAUUAUUAUGGAAGCGUUCACAAUUCCGGGCACGAUUGUAUUGCAUUCAUCCACGAUCCCAAUCAUUACUACUUGGAAACAUUUGGCGUGAUGGGAAGCAACACUACCGCUAUGAGGGAUCCAGUUUUUUACAGAUGGCACGCUUUUGUCGACUGGCUCUUCCAUCAAUUUUUGGACAGUCUGCCGCCAUACACGGAACAGCAAUUGAACUUCCCCGGUAUUAUUGUUCAAGACAUAAGAAUCAAUAGCCCUAACUCCAAUCCCAACACUUUGAAUAGCCACUGGAGCAAAACGGACAUUGACCUAUCGCGCGGCCUCGACUUUACUCCGCGAGGUGCCAUUCUUGCGCGCAUACAGCAUCUCGAUCACGAUGCUUUCUCCUACAGCUUCACUAUCAAUAAUUCCAAUAAUGUGGAGGUCACGGGAACGAUUCGUGUAUUCAUUGCGCCUAAAACCGACGAGAACGGGCGCCAGUUGAGCCAAGAUGAACAAAGAAUGCUUAUGAUUGAAAUGGACAAAUUUACAACUAGACUAAGAAGAGGACAAAAUAUCAUUACGAGAAACUCCACUGAAUCUGCUGUGACGAUUCCGUUUGAGGCUACGUUCCGUGACCUUAAUAAUAAUCGUCCACAAGACAGUGAUCUACAAAACUUUGAUUCCUUCAACUUUUGCGGAUGUGGAUGGCCACAACACAUGCUCGUCCCAAAGGGUACUGAAAAUGGAUUCGCUAUGGAUCUCUUCCUAAUGGUUUCCGACUAUCAGCAAGAUAAGAUUGAUCAAGCUGAACCAACUGGAUGCCGGGACGGAGUUAGCUUCUGUGGUUUAAGGGACCUCAAGUAUCCAGACAGACGUGGAAUGGGCUUCCCGUUCGACCGUAAAGCUCGAGCAGGUGUUUCUUCAAUGACAGAUUUCCUCACGUCUAAUAUGAAACUUCAGCAGAUCACAGUUCGAUUCUCUAAUCAAAUCCGCUCACGUCAGUCAGGCAAUAUUCGAAGAGUCAACUGGCAGUAAUAUGCACUUCAUUAGAAAAUUUGAUUCAGAAUUAAACAAUGCCUUGCGAUUUGAAUUAUCGUCGGCGAUGAAAGCAAAUUUUCAAUAGAUGUACGCUUUGAUUCCUUAAAAACUCCAUUAUAAAUUGCAAUGUAAUGCUAAAUAUAUUAUUAUAGAGGCAAAAAGAUAUUUUGAUAUUUCUUAAAAUUCCAGAAUAUAAAUGAAAAAAAUAUAAAAUAAAAAAAGUUGUUUAAAAGUAUAUUUUCUUG